UCUCUCCACCAUCAACUGCUCUGGUCUGCAGAGUGAAUACUGUCCAGUCAUUGUGAGGAUCAGCUUCAGCUGCUCCCAACAUCGAACCCCUCGGAACCGCACAGUUCGGCCCAAACACAGUAUGAAGGAGACAGCGGCCAAGCGGAGAGACAAGGCGGGCGGUCGGGACCGGGACAAGUCUAACAAGGAACCCAAAGAGCCGAAGGAGGUGAAGCCCGCGAUGGAGGCCGCGGAGCCGCAGGACGUGGAGAUGCCGGAGGAGGAGACGACAAACGCGGUCAAGCUGCCCAAGGAGCAGGACAGCCUCACACUGGAGGACAUCAAGGAGCAUGUGAAGCAGAUCGAGAAGGCCGUGUCGGGGAAGGAGCCGCGCUUCGUCCUGAGGGCCCUGCGCGCGCUGCCGUCCACCAGCCGCCGCCUCAAUACCGUCGUCCUCCAGAAAGCGCUCACCGGCUUCUUCACCAGCAACACCUCCACCAGAGACUUCCUGCUGGGCUUCCUGGAGGAGCCCAUGGAGACGGGCGACGGAGACAUCCAGUUCCGCCCGCGGACGGGGAAAGCAGCGUCGGCUCCUCUGCUGCCGGAGGUGGAGGCGUACCUGCAGCUGCUGCUGGUCGUCCACCUGACCAACAGCAAGAGGUACACCGAGGCCCAGAAGGUUUCUGAUGAACUGAUGCAGAAGGUGAGCUCCAAGAACCGCAGAGCUCUGGAUCUGGUCGUAGCCAAAUGUUACUAUUAUCACGCCCGAGUGUACGAGUUCCUGAACCAGCUCGACACCAUCCGCAGCUUUCUGCACACCCGGUUGCGCACGGCAACGCUGCGGCACGACGCCGACGGCCAGGCGACGCUGCUCAACCUGCUGCUGAGGAACUACCUGCACUUCAACCUGUACGACCAGGCCGAGAAGCUCGUGUCCAAGUCCGUGUUCCCCGAGCUCGCCAACAACAACGAGUGGGCGCGUUACCUCUACUACACAGGUCGGAUCAAAGCCAUCCAGCUGGAAUACUCAGAGGCCCGCAGGACUCUGACCAACGCUCUGAGGAAAGCUCCACAACACACUGCAGUGGGCUUCAAGCAGACCGUCCACAAGCUGCUGAUCGUGGUGGAGCUGCUGCUGGGAGAAAUUCCCGACAGACUGCAGUUCAGGCAGCCGUCGCUUAAACGCUCCCUGAUGCCGUACUUCCUGCUGACCCAGGCUGUGAGGACCGGGAACCUGGCCAAGUUCAACCAGGCGUUGGAGCAGUUUGGAGAGAAGUUCCAGGCGGACGGGACGUACACGCUCAUCAUCCGACUGCGACACAACGUCAUCAAGACUGGCGUUCGGAUGAUCAGCCUGUCGUACUCUCGGAUCUCUCUCUCUGACAUCGCUCAAAAGCUGCAGCUCGACAGUCCAGAGGACGCAGAGUUCAUCGUUGCCAAGGCGAUCCGUGACGGCGUGAUCGAGGCGAGCAUCAACCAUGAGAAGGGCUUCGUCCAAUCAAAGGAGACGAUGGACAUCUACGGCACCAGAGAGCCUCAGCUGGCGUUCCACCAGAGGAUUUCCUUCUGCCUCGACAUCCACAACAUGUCUGUGAAGGCCAUGAGGUUUCCUCCUAAAGCGUACAACAAGGACCUGGAGUCAGCAGAGGAGCGUCGGGAACGGGAGCAGCAGGAUCUGGAGUUCGCCAAAGAAAUGGCUGAAGAUGACGACGACAGCUUCCCAUGAGCCUCUCCGCUGACUUCCUGUUCAAACAGGAAGUAGUUGUGUGUUAACAGAUCACUUAUUACCCACAAUCCCCUCUGUUCCCUCCCUGUUUUCUGUGUUGCAGCUUUAAACUGCUGCUGUUUCUUGUUUCUGACACAAAUAAAUCCUGUUUUUGUUUAA